AUGUUCUACCAAGGGGAUUUGAAGAGUGGUAUUGAGAAGGCUCUCGCAGAGUCCAAGCUUGUGGCUUGUUUUGUCACUGAUAGCGGCGAAGAGAGUCAACUUUGGGAAAAUGAAUUUUUGCAAGAGGACUCAUUGAAGUCAGCUUUAGCAGAUAAAACUAUCCUGCUCCGUUUGGUAGCUGGGUCUGAAGAAGCUGGUUACCUUGCUGCUAUAUUUCCUUUGCCCCAAACUCCUACCUUUGUUCUUAUUCACAAUGGCAACCUUAAGGAAUACAUCGCAUCCGGCGUUCAGAAAGAUGAGUUUUUGAAGCGUCUGGAAGUAGUCAUGGCUUCUCGUGGUGCUGCCGAAACAUCCCCAGCUACUUCUACAAGCCAAGAUGCCGCCUCAUCUUCAACUGCAGGCCCCUCUUCCUCGACCCAGCAAGCAACUACGUCCACCAACGCCAGAGUUGAGCAGCAGACGGCUCAUCUCCAAGAGGUCCUCGCUGAGCGCUCUGCACGCCUUGAGAAGCAGAAAGCUGAGCAAGAUGCAAAGGAAAAGAAGCAGCGUGCAGCAGACGCCAAGGCUCGCCGCGAGGCUGCAGAAUCCGCAAAUCCUCGGUCGGCUGCCGACCAUAAGUAUGCACAACAACAGCGCCAGCGUCAGCAAGAGGCGCGAGAGGAGAAAGCUCGUAUCUUGAAGCGAGUUGAGGACGACAAAGCUGCGCGUCGUGAGGCCGCUGCUGCCCGAAAGGCACAACGUGAGGGUAAGGGAAAGGAGGUCGAGAUCUCCGGCGACAGCAGUUCUGCAUCUGUUAGAGGUGCAAAUGCCAAGGAGUGUGCCGUGCAAGUACGCCUCUUUGAUGGCUCGACGAUCCGCUCCCGCUUCCCAUCAUCCGGUACACUCGCAAAGGACGUCCGCUCUUGGGUAGACGAGAAGCAGGAGGGAGAUGUCCCCUACACGUUUAAGCAAGUCCUCAGCCCCUUGCCCAAUAAGAACAUCGAGGCGAGCGAGGAGGAGAAGAGUCUCGCGGAUAUCGGAUUGACCCCCAGUGCGACGUUGAUUCUCCUUCCAGUCGCGGGUUACAUCUCGGCUUACGAGGGCAAUUCCAACUUGGUAUCGAAGGCUGUCUCGGGCGGAUACGGGAUCGUCUCAUCCGGUGUGGGAAUGGUCACUGGCGUCUUGGGCAGUUUCCUGGGCGGUUCUCCCUCUUCGGGUCCUGCGCAAACAGCACCACCACCACGCCAACCUGGGGCCCCAUCCUCUCCGUCCGUUGCCAUCAAUGUCCGUAGUCUUCGUGACCGCGAGCCGAAGAAGGACAAGCAGCAGUUCUACAAUGGGAACGCAACGAACUUCGAGCCUCGCAAAGACGACGAGGACGGAAAGGACGAUUAG